UGUAUUUAUAUACACUUAAUACAUAUUAGUCAUUUCUAAGCUCAAGCUGUACGUAUACAUAAAGAUGGUGGAGGCAGCUCGCCAUGGCUGGCCUGAACUUCGUAGCUUCGGCUCCCAAGUACUCUUCGGCCGAUGGUUCAUGUUCUUCGCUUCAACUUUGGUCAUGUCAGUAGCAGGGGCCACCUACAUGUUCGGACUUUACUCCUCAGAAAUCAAAAGGUCACUAGGCUACGACCAAACGACACUCAAUCUCAUAGGCUUCUUCAAGGACUUAGGUGCCAACGUCGGUGUCGUUUCAGGGCUACUCAACGAGGUCAUGCCACCAAGUGUGGUGCUCUCCGUCGGAGUAGUCAUGAACUUCUUCGGCUACUUCAUGAUAUGGCUUGCCGUCACGGGCCGAAUACCGAAACCCCAAGUGUGGCACAUGUGUCUAUACAUUUGUAUUGGAGCUAACUCUCAGACUUAUGCCAAUACCGGAGCUUUGGUGCCUUCUGUGAACAAUUUCCCAGAAAACAGAGGAAGUGUUUUGGGGUUGUUAAAGGGUUUUGUUGGGCUUAGUGGAGCUAUCAUUACACAACUCUACCAUGCUUUAUAUGGUGAAAAUACUAAAGCUCUUAUCCUACUCAUUGCUUGGCUUCCGGCUGCGGUUAACUUCGUUUUUCUUAGAAUCAUUCGGAUAAUAAAGAUGGUUCGACAACCAAAUGAGAUCAAAACCUUCUAUAAUCUUCUUUAUAUAUCUCUUGGCCUUGCUGGGUUUCUCAUGAUUUUGAUCAUUAUACAGAACAGGCUAAAGUUUACUAGAGUUCAGUACGAGCUAACUUCUCCAGUUAUUGUUGUUCUCUUACUUUUUCUACCUCUGGCAAUUGUUAUAAGAGAAGAAUACCGUCUUUGGAAAGCGAAAACUCAACCUCUACAAGAUGUGGUCAUAGCUCAAAAUCAAUUUUCAGAUCAAUUAGCCGAUGUGCAGCCUAGUGUAGAAGGUGUUAGUGAAGAAACUUCACAGAAGAAGCCUGAAGAAGAAGGCUCAAGUUGGUGUAGAAACAUUUUCAGUCCACCGGAGAGAGGUGAAGACUACACCAUUUUGCAAGCUAUUUUCAGUGUUGACAUGUUGAUCUUGUUCGUGGCGACGAUCUGUGGUGUUGGUGGGACUUUGACUCUGAUCGACAACCUUGGUCAGAUCGGAAAAUCUAUGGGAUAUCCAGCUCAUAGCACCACAACUUUCAUCUCACUCGUAAGCAUUUGGAACUAUCUUGGACGAGUUGCUUCAGGCUUUGCUUCUGAAAUAUUUUUGACCAAGUACCAGUUCCCACGUCCCUUGAUGCUUACUUUGGUUCUUCUUUUCGCUUGUGUUGGCCAUCUCUUAAUAGCCUUUGCAGUCCCUUACUCACUGUAUUUCGCUUCUGUCAUUAUUGGCUUUUGUUUUGGUGCUCAAUGGCCUUUAAUAUUUGCCAUCAUAUCAGAGAUUUUUGGGCUCAAAUACUAUGCUACUUUGUACAACUGUGGUGGUUUGGCAAGCCCGGUUGGGGCUUAUAUUCUGAACGUGUUGGUAGCUGGUCGUUUAUAUGAUAAAGAAGCUAUGAAACAGCUGAACGCCAAGGGUCUAACCAGGGAACGAGGGCAAGAUUUGACUUGUGAUGGUGUUCAGUGUUAUAGAAUGUCGUUUUUCAUAAUCAGUGCAGCUGCGCUUUUUGGAAGCUUGGUGUCUUCUAUUUUGGUCAUUAGAACUAGAAAAUUCUACCAAGGUGAUAUCUAUAAAAAGUUCAAAGAAGGCACCAUGAGUCCUACUACUGCUGAUGAUCAAUCUGAUAUGGCUAAAAAAAACCCUGCAAAUGUGGUUUUGAAGUCAAGUUCUUCCACAUAAAUUCAUGAGUGAGUUAGUGGCCAUUAAACUUAAAUGCUAAUUGAUUGUAUCUGUAAUGAUCUCUCCUAUAUGAUGAUACUUAGCUUCUUUCCUGCC